AUGCGUGCACCGAGUGUGGCCCAGAAUCAAGAAAGUGAAGGAGGUAAGGAGGAGGAGGAGGAGGAGGAGGAGGAGGAGGAGGAGGAGGAGGAGGAGGAGGAGGAGGAGGAGGAGGAGGAGGAGGAGGAGGAGGAGGAGGAGGACGAGGAGGAGGAGGAGGAGGUGGUGGUGGUGGUGGUGGUGGUGGUGGUGGUGGUGGUGCACUCACCUCAGAGAUCCAUGGAGUGA